GAGAAGUCAGAAGGGUACUGGAACCUUGAGUAAGGCCUAGGUAGCGAAGAGAGAAUUGUUCACGGCCAGAACCCUGGCUCCUUUUAGAUUCCAAACUCCACCUGAACCAGCUCCUUGACUCAGAGUCCCUGGAGCUGACAACUUUGCAGCUUGCCUGGCAUUCCUGUGCCACUCUCUGAACUCUCUUCCAUCCUAAAAGGAGUAUGUGACAACAGAGUGCGACUAUGCACUGGGGUGAAUCCCAGAGAGUUCUCCGUCCCAGGAAAGUAACUGUCUUAACCUCCUUCCCUCACCAUCUGACUUUUCUACUGAACCCGAGAACCCACGAUCUGGAGUCAGCCAUGGGCACUCGUGUGGUAUAUCAUCGCUCGCUUGUGUCGGUGACCCUGGUCCCCGCACCAGGACCUAGCCAGUGCUGCUGGGUUGCCACCCUGGCCCUGAGCACGCCUGGAUGUCCAGGGACUGCCCCACACUCGGGGUCCGCUGACUCUGGAAAGAGAUUGUAGGAAGAGAGGCGGCUCUGCCAGGCUCCGAAGUGCGCUGCAGCCCAGUCCACGGGGACAGGAUCCCAUGCAUAGGGCUCUUGCCCACCACCCCCACCUCCUUGGGAACAGGCUGUGUCCUAGCAGCGCAAGAAUAAGACUCUGGAAACGCGCGAUUACAGCUCGCUCACAUCUGCUAGAGGCUGCUUCCUCUAGCGCGCCAGGCGUGCCCUUGUGGGCCUAAAAACACAGAAGGGAUCGCGCGGGACUGAAGAGGAGGGGACGCAGGUCGGGAGAGGCCGGGGCCAAGCGAGCGCAGCUGCCAAAGUCGGUUGCCCGGAUCGAGAUUGAGAACCCACAGCAGCUACCACAAUGGGCAGCAAAACCUUGCCAGCGCCAGUGCCCAUCCACCCAUCCCUGCAGCUCACCAACUAUUCCUUCCUUCAGGCAGUGAACGGCCUGCCUGCAGUGCCCUCGGACCACCUGCCCAACCUGUAUGGUUUCAGCGCGUUGCAUGCUGUGCACCUGCACCAGUGGACGCUGGGCUACCCGGCCAUGCACUUGCCACGCUCCUCUUUCUCCAAAGUGCCGGGUGCCGUGUCCAGCCUGGUGGACGCGCGUUUCCAGCUGCCGGCCUUCCCCUGGUUCCCUCAUGUCAUCCAGCCCAAGCCCGAGAUCACCGCUGGAGGCAGCGGUCCAGCGCUUAAGACCAAACCGCGCUUUGAUUUCGCCAACCUGGCCUUGGCUGCCACGCAAGAAGAUCCGUCCAAACUUGGCCGCGGGGAGGGUCCCUGUUCCCCCACGGGUGGGCUGGGUGCCCUCCUGGAUGUGACCAAGCUGUCCCCAGAAAAGAAGCCCACGAGGGGACGUCUGCCUUCCAAGACCAAGAAGGAGUUCGUCUGCAAGUUCUGUGGCCGCCACUUCACCAAGUCCUACAACUUACUGAUCCAUGAGCGGACGCACACUGACGAGCGGCCCUACACCUGUGACAUCUGCCACAAAGCCUUCCGGAGGCAAGACCACCUACGGGACCACAGAUAUAUUCACUCCAAAGAGAAGCCUUUCAAGUGUCAAGAGUGCGGGAAAGGAUUCUGCCAGUCCAGGACUCUGGCUGUCCACAAGACGCUACACUCACAGGUGAAGGAGCUCAAAACCUCCAAGAUUAAAUGCUAGAGUCUCUGGGUCGCCAGGACCCUGGGCCUGAAGGCGACUCCUCCUCCAGAAGGACCUGCCCCGAAGGGAUGGAAGCCUGAAGGCGACUCUGGCGGACAGCAGGAGAGGCGCUCGGGGACCUUCUCCUACCCCAACGUUGUCCCCUGGGUCCCUGGCGCACGCGGCACUCCACAACCCAGCCCGGGGCCGUGACCCCGACCGCCCGUGCGGCUCCCCCAGGACGCGGCUAAACUCUUGGCCAAAAGGCGGUACUCACGUGGCGCAGGGGAAACUGCAUUAAAAAAAGAGAGCUCCGCGGAGCCGCAGAGGCGCCUCUCCCAGAAGUAUUACUUUUUCUAUGGUUAUUUUGUACGUUUUCUUUAUUAUUUUUUCCUUUGACCAUAUAAGCUUGUAACUCUGACUGCGGAAAGAGAGGGGAGAGGAAAAGAAGUUUUGCUCCCUGGCAGCUUCAAACCCUUCCUCCCGUCCCCAUCCCCACCCCGGGAGCCUGCAAAAGUGUAAUCCUUGUAUCUGCUUCAGCCGCCUGGCCCGGGGACACGGACCAGGAGCGUCCUCCCCCAGCUCCCGCCGCACAGCGGCCACGGGCUCCCGGACUCGGCCGGCAGCGCAGGGACCUCGGGAAGCGCGGGCAGGAGGGGCCCUGUCCGCGGCCCCGCCGCUCCGCCGCCGCCCCGCGAGGGAGCCACCGGCCAGGAGCCGGGCGUUGUAUUGCGAUUGGCACUUUAUGCUGACCAUCGGUAACGGACAUUUAUCACUGGAGAUUUUUUUUAACUAUUAAAUAAACGGUUAUUUUACAGGCA